AGCUGGCCAACUUAGCGAGUUUACUAACCAAUAACUUUUUCACGACUGAACGUCAAUGGUCGUUUACAUUGUAACUGGCCUGUGGGCCUAAUGAUGGUGUUCCAGUUUCCCUGGACCAGAGUCCGGAAGGUUCUGUCUGUCUGGAACCAACUCGGCAAACAUGAGAUCCUAGAGUUGAGCCGACCAGGUGUUAACAUCAAAGACAGAGUCCAUGUGGAUCAGCUGAUACAAGCUUUACAGAGUGCAGGAACUCACACUCUCCAGGUGAUCUCAGAUUUUGAUAUGACUCUCAGCAAGUUUGCCCAUAAUGGACAGCGCUGCGCUACGACCCACAGUUUGCUGCAUAACAGAGGCUUGAUUAGCGAAGACUGCAAAAGCAAGGAGGUUCUAUCCUGUGGAGAAUAAUGCUAUGAUGCUUCUCUAAGACACACACACACACACACACACACACACACACUCUCUCUAACUGUGUCUGCUGCAGGACAGGUUUUAUCCCGUGGAGAAUAAUGCUAUGAUGCUUCUCUAACACACACACACACACACACACACACACUCUCUCUAGCUGUGUCUGCUGCAGGACAGGUUCUAUCCCGUGGAGAAUAAUGCUAUGAUGCUUCUCUAACACACACACACAC